AUGCCUCCACCGUCAAUAACAUCACAACAACCGAUUCGUUCAAUCACAAUUCCUUUGCGUCGUUUUGACCUACCAAUAUCGUCGACAUAUUCGUCCAAAUCGACUCAACAACCAUCAAAAAGGACUCAUAUUGAUUGUAAAAAUCGCGCUAUGAAAUGUCCACUUUGUGGUGAUACAGUGCCAACAGUCGACAUUCGUGAUCAUUUGUUAAUGUGUGGAAAUAAAACUGAAUUGUGUGAUCGUUGCAACAAAUAUGUUCUGCGUGGCAUAUUUACGUAUCACUAUGAAAAUAGUUGUCAUGAUCCUGAUGAAGAAGGCGGUGAUAUUGACAAUCUAAAGGAUAAUCAAUCGCGUGCUGUUCGUACUCGUCAUCAACUAGUGAAUGAAAAUGACGUAACUCCUCGUCAUCUCAAUCGAACUCCUGCUGAACUUUCACCGAGUCGUAGUCUUCAGCCAGGAAAUGGUACGGAUGUUGUCAACAACGAUGCAUGGUCAAGAGGCCAACAAUAUACAAUCGACAUUGUUGGUAAUCCAACGUACAAUAUGGUUCUGGAAAAAGAUCAAAAUAGAAAAGUAGUUAAUACUGCUUUAUCCAAUAUACCACAACAAAAAAAUGAAGUAAAGCCAAAUGAUGUCGGAUACAAGACUACGUCUUGUGAAUAUUGUAAUCACCUUAUUGAAAUUAGAGAUUACACGCAUCAUAAAGCACAUUGUUUACGAAAUCCAACCACAGCUAAAUCCAGAACACGUAAUAGUGAUCGAAAUAAUCGAUGCGGAGCGAUGGCAACAAUAACUGAAAAUGAUACUAAUAUAUCUUGUGAAUAUUGUUUACAAUUGAUUGGUAUUAAUGAUCUCACAUCUCAUAGGGCCCAAUGUGCUGAUUCUAAUGAUAAACGAAGGAAAUUAUCUAAAGUGGAAAAUUCACAUCGUCUACCUGCUGAAAUUGACUUGAACUGUGGUUAUCACGAAAAUAUAACUUGUAAUGAUCCUAUCAGCAACUAUCAGCCGAUAACAGUUCCACAAGUGAAUACUCGAGAGCAAUCGUCAAGUGCAAGCUAUAAACAAAAUCCAGUAUCAUAUAAUACUAUUAAUCGUAUAGAUGCGCCAAAACAACAGCAACAAACUGUAGAUACCAAGAGCCAUUUCGCUCAAUGUUCAAAUGUCAACACUGAACAUACAGUAGAAGCAAACAGUCUAACAAAUAAAUGUUGUGAUUACCCUGAUGAUCAAUUAUUCAGUGAAAAUUCGUUCUACCCUAAUAAUUCAACAGUAUAUGACCUUCAACUAUUAUCGUUGUCAACCAGCAGAAAUACAAAACGAUUAGGUCGAGAUAACACUGACGAUAAUUGUACAACAAACCGUAUCGAUGCAAUUAAUACACCUCAACAGCCCAGUUUAAGCAUUGAAAAAUUAUUAACAACUGAUGAUAAACCGUUAUUGUCUACUCACGAUCUUGAUCCACGCGUAACACCUGCAUGUUCUUUGACUUCAUCGACGUUGUCAUCAACAAUUUACGAUAGAUCAGCAGCACAUCCCAAUUGUUUAAAAAGUUUCAAAGAUUUCGGAAAACUUCCACCUUUGCCACCACUCUUCUCUGUUAAUGAUUAUGGAGAACCAAGAAUAAUAUAA